CCCUUGGGAGCAAGAACGAAUUUAGCGGCAUGCGGCGCACUCCCGAUUUUGCCUCGUGAGAAGCAAGCCCUCCGUCAAAGCCCGCGUCUGGCGCCACCACGACCUGGACUUGUACGAGCUGUGCUCUCAUGGACAAUGAGGAUCACGCUCGUGGUAGUAGUCCGUCAUCGCACAAGAAAAGGGCCCUCGCGUCGUCCUUGUCGUCGUCGCCAAAAACCCAACUGCAGCACGCACCACCAUUGAGUGAUCCGUUGACGUCCGCAGUGCGAGCUUCGCCUGGUGGAGCCUUCCGGUUUAGUCCGAUGGCGCCUUCGUCUGUGACGUAUUCGCCAUUCCUGAUGGAAUCGUACCAUUUUGCCAACGCGGGUAACGGCACGUCCACUGCCGCGAGCUUUUCGUCACCUGCAAGUUUCUUUUCGGGAUGUCCUGACACCGCGAGCGACGACGACAUAUACAGUUCGUUGUCCCAUCUUCCAAGUAGCAGCAUCUCCGCUGCGUCGUUGACCGGAAAGACGAUGGCGACCCACACACAUCCACCCGAUCGACACACGCAUGCUCGAGGCUCGUCGUUUUCACCAGCAUCCCGCGAUCAUCCUCUGGACGAAAUUGACGAGGAGCAUGACGACAGCUCUGACGACGACAACGAAAUGCACGACUCGUGCCGCACGGAUGACCCAUCCUCCUUUGCCGGUUUGUGGAACUGCCUCGUCUGCACUCGGCUCAACCAAAACGACCAGUGCGUCUUUUGUGGCCAGGGCAAGGACGCCCCAUUUCAACCUGUACGGCAGGUCGACGCUGGCGCUACCGCGCCAUCCGAGGCCAAACCCACAUACACUGCGAUCGGGUACGACGAUCGCAUGCGUCUCCACCGCGAAGUCCAGCCCCGCGACUUACUCGACGUGCACCCCGAACGACCCGACCGGAUUGCAGCUAUCUUUGCGCAAUGCCAGCACGAUGGUCUCGUCCAGCGAUGUACGCAUAUUCCAAGCGUGUUGGUGGACAGAUCGGAUCUGCUGCGAUGCCACGACGACGCGUACUUGGCUCAACUGGACGAGCUGUGCAAGCUCCCGCAUCACCACUUGACGCCUGACACGUACUGCUGCAGCGACACGGGAAUUGCUGCCCAUUUAUCGGCGGGCAUUGUCUUGUCCCUUGUCGACAAAGUUGUCCACAACCAAGCUCGCAACGGCUUUGCAAUCGUGCGGCCGCCCGGCCACCACGCCGAGUCGUCGCAUGCGAUGGGAUUUUGUAUGUUCAACAACGUGGCGGUGGCGGCCAAGGCGGCGGUGGCCAAGUUUGGACUGAGCCGCGUGUUGAUUCUCGACUGGGAUAUCCACCACGGCAACGGCACGGAGCACAUGUUCGAAGACGACCCGACCGUGCUGUACUGCUCGCUGCACCGGUACGACAACCAAGGCGCAUUUUACCCUGGCACGGGGGCCCCCAACAGCGUCGGGUCCGGUGCUGGCGCCGGCUUCAACGUGAACGUUGGGUGGCCUUGUGGCGGGGUCGGCGACGCCGAGUACCUCGCGGCCUUUGACUCGCUUCUCAUGCCGAUUUUUCGGGCGUACGCACCAGAGUUGGUGCUCGUGUCGGCUGGGUUCGAUUCCGCACUGGGCGACCCGCUCGGACGGUGCCGACUAACUCCUCCUGGCUACGCCCACCUCACCCACAUGCUGAGUUCGUUAGCCGGCGGCAAGAUUGUCUUGGCACUUGAGGGAGGGUACAACUUGAAGUCGAUCGCAAUGUCGGCAAGUGCGUGUUUGAGAAUACUGCUGGGCGAUCCCGUGCCGCUCCUGCCGCCCGACACGGGGCCGCCCAUGGCGAGUGCGCUGCACGCCAUCGAACGGACAAGGAGAUGUUUGCAGCCGUAUUGGCCGUGUCUACUCAGUGUGUCGUCGGAGGACGAAGAGGAUGCCGACGCCAGCAACGACGACGAAGAAAUCAACGACGCAGCGGCCAUGGCAUCCGACGAGGACGACCGCGCCGAGGCGAGUGCACAAGGACAAGGAAGGAGGCGGCGGCGCACCCGUGUGGACAGCUCGUCGUCGUCGUCGAGUGGCGAGGCCGACGUUAACGCAUGGUCGGACGAGAUGAAACCCGUCAUUGCAGACAAGAUGGUGGAGCGUGCAAGGAGAUGGGACGAAUGGGCGGCCAAGGUCGACGAAGCGGCGCGGCGAGAUCCGCAGAUCGCUGUGGACUUGCGAGCCAAGAUACGAGAAAGCAAACUGCGCCAACCUAAAGUGGCGGCGGCGCAUGCCAAACCGCGGCAGCGAUACCACCCCUACCCACCCCUUUCCCACUCGUAGAUGCCUUCGACUUACGUGAUAGAGACCUCCAUCGUACUGUUUGAACUGCGUUGGACCCAAAGCCGCACUCGUUC